AUGGCGUCCAGCAGUAACUGGCUGUCUGGCAUGAAUGUCGUGCUGGUGAUGGCCUACGGGAGCCUGGUGUUUGUACUGCUAUUUAUUUUUGUGAAGAGGCAAAUCAUGCGCUUUGCAAUGAAAUCGCAAAGGAGACCUCAUGUCCCUGUGGGACACAAUGCCCCCAAGGACUUAGAAGAGAUUGAUAUCCGACUGUCCAAGGUUCAGGAUAUCUAGUAUGAACCUCAGCUUCUCGCAGAUGAUGAUGCAAGACUGCUACAGCUGGAAACCCAGGGAAAUCAAAAUUGCUACAACUACCUAUACAGGAUGAAAGCUCUGGAUGCUAUCCAUGCCUCUGAGAUCCCAUUUCAUGCUGAAGGCCGGCAUCCCCAUUCCUUAAUGGGCAAGAAUUUCCGCUCCUACCUGUUAGAUCUUCGAAACACUAGCACUCCUUUCAAGGGUGUGCACAAGGCCCUCACUGAUACCCUGCUUGAUGGCUAUGAGACAGCCCGCUAUGGGACAGGGGUCUUUGGCCUGAGUGAGUACCUGCGCUAUCAGGAGGCCCUGAGUGAGCUGGCCACAGUGGUCAAAGCACGAAGUGGGAGUUCUCAGCGACAGCACCAGUCAGCAGCCAAAGACCUAACCCAGUCUCCUGAAGUCUCCCCAACAACCAUCCAGGUGACAUACCUCCCCUCCAGUCAGAAAAGUAAACGUGCCAAGCACUUCCUCGAAUUGAAGAGCUUUAAGGACAACUAUAACACACUGGAGAGUACUCUGUGAUGGAGCUGAAGGCCUCUCACUGUUGAUGGAGCCAGACAGACUGCAGUGUGCUUGCCGGGUGGCCCUCACUCAGGUCAUCUGGUUCAGCCCAGCUCUGGAUCAGCUGAAGCUCUGGUUGUGUUCAGAGCUCUUAAGAUUUCAUGCCUAGAGGAUCAUUCUCCCACCCUCUCUUAUGGCCAGUUUCAGAACAUCAGUUAAGACUUUAUUUUCCCUUGGUAUGACUUUUCUCUAGAGUUGAAUUAGAUGUUUUUCUCAAUAUUUCUGUCAAAGCUUCCUUAAAAAUCCUCACUUGGUUUUUUGAUCAUGGUUCAGUCCUUUUCCAGACUAUAAAUUACCCCAAGGGUGACGGGGCUUGGUUUCUUGUCUUCUGUACACAGUUGAAUGGGAGCCAUUUGGCUUGAGACAUCUAAGAGUUGAUUGGUGGAAAUGGCAUACAGAAUGGUAG